ACCUACUGUACAGUACCCAGGUACAUACUAUCUUUACUCUCCUAGAACGGGACAUGUGCUCGUCACUCUAGGUAUCUUGUUUCCCAACCAGCGAUACACAUACACUCACACAUCCUCGCGCACACCAUCAUUCCGAGGAGGCCAGGGGCAGUGCUCCGUCGGGUAAAGAACCUCCCAGGGUGGUGAUGGAGGAUGCUGAUGUCGCUACUGCAGUCUGCAAGUCGACGUUGGAGGGAGGAGGAGGAGGAGGAGGAGGAGGAGAAGGCUGGUUCGGUAAGGAUGCCGCCGAAAAAAGCUACAAGUUCGGGGUAAAUGAGGUGAGUUGGAGGUAAGGUGAGAGGCCCGGUGUAGCAACGGGCGAUCGGCAGCCACCAAACCACCAAGACCAUGCCGAGUCUUCUCACCGGUCCGCCUAAUCAAGACAAGACCUGGUUGAUGAGAUUGGAUAAAGGGAAAGGGAAACACGGCCAGGUAUGUGUGUGUGUGUGUGUAUGUCCCGCGCCAUUGGUUGAAGAAUAUGAGAUGAGAGUUCAAAAGGGCCCAUUCCGGGGGUUACGUUUCACCGCAUCUCGCUUUCGACGCGUGAUCCUCGGACUCCAAAUCACUUCUCAUCUUUUUCUUCUUUUUAUCUUUCAUCUUCCUGGGUAUUGCCGUCGCUGCAGAACUUUGCGUGCUCCACACCGAGGGGGAGAGAAAGGGGAAAGGAGAGUCGUAGAGAGAAAGGGAAAAAAAAAGAACCCCAGAAGAAAAAAAAGUAUUGCCAAUACUAUGGAGUAUCCGGAUAGCCUGGCGGCCUUGACGUGCCCGACGGUCUGCAGAUCACCGGCAGGUGAGAGAGCCUCCCAGCCUGGAUGAUGUGUCCCGCUCUCGAAGAGGGUCUUCCCACUUUGGACAAACGAUUGUCAGCUGAGAAGAACUGAGGAUCGGCAUCUAGGCCGAUGCCUAUUUUCUCUUUUCCCCAGUCCUCUGCCACCUGCUUAUCGCCCAAUCCGGCCCUGGCCGCUGGCUAUCUCGGACCCUGACACGACGGUCGAUAUUCGACAUUGCCCAAUCCAACAUUGAGCUGUUUUUCGCCGCCGCCGCCUUUUUCACUUCACCACUUCCUACGCGCUCCACGUGCACAAUACCAGUAAACCCCCAU